AUGCAAGCGUCUGCUCAGUCACAGUCACAGUCGCAGUCGCAGUCGCAGGCGGGUCAGCUGGGCGGACCCAUCGGCACGCACGGCAAUGUCUUGCCAGCCAGCGUGGAUCACGAUGCAGUCGGUCAUCUGCAUCCCAUCCACGCUUCAUCACCAGCAUCAGCAGUCAGGCCACUCGGCACGCUGUCAUUGAUGAGCGCAGUGGGCGGUGCCAGGAAACCUGCACCGGAUCUCGUCGUGCCCUUUGCCCUGCCAAGCGUUCAGCAGGUCAAGGAGUGGCGCAGCAGCCAGGCACAUCAUCGCAAGAGGCGCAGGCUGGAACAGAGCGAAUGGAAAGAGGACGCAGAUGCAGAUGCAGAUGCAGAUGUAGACGGAGAUCCAGAUGCAACCGCAACUGCAACCCAAAACGAUCGAGCAUCUCCACAGCCAAGCGAUCUGCCUCGAGGGUGAGUGGCGGAGCUUUAUUUUACGCACCGCGCAACUUUCAUGGCACCCCCCUUUCUGCUUCGCUCUUCUCAUACCUCGUCUUGUGAUUCUGCGCAGGAUAUCGCUUCAUCAGUGCCUGCGACAGUCUCGUCUGCAGCAUCUGACCAGUCUGCUCCCCGUGUACAGCACACGGCAGCGUUCAGGCUUGCACUAUCCUUGCACCAUCACCCUACCUCGAGGCAUCGUCCCACGUCCAAAUGCUGCUCCUGCCCAUUCGCACGAUGCACCUACUUCCCGCACCACAGCCUUCGCAUCACCACCCAAAGUUGAGUUGGUGCCGCUUGGUAGAGCUGAUGUUCGGGUAGGGCCUCUUGUCUUUGUCGCUUGCAAAUUGUGGGAGCUCAGAGAGGAAGCAUCGGCCACGGUUUCUGCAGCCCCAAGUAGCUCGAUCGUCAAUGCAAGCGGUCACUCGGAAAAGCCUCGCGCCGACUCUUCUGUCCAAGGAAAAAAGGCUUCUCUGCCCAUUUCAAGCCAGAUGAGUGCAAAGGAAAAGCCAUCAGCUGCACGGAGCAAUGCCAAGACUGCGGCGGACAAGUCGUCCAAGAGCCCCAUCAAGGAUGCUGCACCAACUAGCUCUGCAGCUACAUUGCUACCAAGGUCACCUUCCCAGGGACAGAAGACAGCUCCGCAAGAUGCGCGUGGCAUAACAGCCGAACAUUCUGGAUCUGGUCAGCAGAGGCAGUCACUGGAUCAGCCGUCACCUCUUCCACAGCGAGGCUCUUUCCCUCUUGCCAAACCACCUGCUAAAGCACCCCAAGCUGCCCCAAAAGCGGCUGUGAGCUCAGCAGCAAGCUCUGCAGGCGUCGCCCCUGCAUCUGCAUCUGCAUCUGCAUCUGCAUCGACAACCAAGACUUCCACUGCUGCCUCUCCGCGUGCCGCCAUCUCGCCGUUGCUAGUUACGCGCGUCAAUCAGAAAGCAGCCAAGGAUCCAGCGCUUCAAAAGCUUCUGCAAGUGGCUGCGUCGGGUAAAGCCUCACCAAGCGAGCUUCAGACGCUGGGAAAGUGGAUAGAGGGGGUGAGGAAGGAGUUGAGGAGCGAAGGUGUGUCCAUUGAAGGGCCCACUUCCGGAAACGCUAGCAGUAGCACCAGCACUUCUCGCAGACCUGCGGACAACGCCCCUUCAUCUGCGACUGCGGCGUCUACGAGCAAGCCGGUAGCGAGCAGUGAGAGAGCGAGAGCAGCUCCUUCUGCAAACGCUAGUGCGCCGCGUCCGGCUUCUCUUGCUCCUGCGUCCACCACCGGAGCUGUGACAAGCACGCAAAAGGGCACAGCAAACAGCCGCAGCGGUCAAGAGGGACAGCCUCCCAAGCCUCUGCCACCUGGAAGCGCUGCUUCGAAAGUCGCAGCUCCCGCCGCUCAGAGCCCCUUGAACCCCCUGCCUCCCUCGCAGCAGAGGGUCCAGACCGACAGAUCCCACCCCAAAUCUGCACAAAGCGCUGCCAGCGCUGCCUCUGCGUGUGUUGCCUCGCCCUCCAAAACGCUACAAGACACCACCAAAAGUUCUGCAAGUCUGACGCGACCCACAGCUGCUUUGCCUGUCAGUGCGUCCAGGCCAGCAGCACCGCAGGCAACGAGCGCAGGAAAAAACCAGCCAGCAUCUUCGCGUCCAGCAUCUGAACACAUGGGUGGAGCUUCGAGCAACUCAGAUCGCGCAGGCAGCAGCCACGCAAUCAUUCCCGCGGCGUCCCAGCUGCCAUCUCCGCCCAUUGUAGUGGUGGAAUUCAGAGAGAACCCUUCUGCAAGAUUCGUCUUGCCGCUUUGGGGUGACGUGAUCGUCGAGCGGAGGGAAGCGUUGCAAGAGACAGCGGAAACCUCUGUAGGAGGCGCAUCUAUUAGAACGGCUGAGCGCAACAAAUUGCUGGACCGCGCGCGAAAUGUUCUCGUCAGCUUUUGGACACCGGUUCAAGGAGCAGAUGCCUUUGUCUCGGCGUCGCCCGCGGAGGACGUUAGCGCGACCGGUACCAACGCGACCAUGUCGACCAGAUCCUCAGGAUCGAUAUCGACUACGGAUCGGACCCAGACUCGGUACCCAAUCACUUGGCGGCUGUCUGGCCAUGCAGCAGACAUUGCGCCCGGCAGCUCACCCGUCGACAUCACGCAACCUCUCUGGGAGAUGUUUGGCCGGGUCGAAGGAUGCGUCACGAGAGACAAGCAAGGCUUUAGAGCACCGCAAGAGGAACUUGAUCGAAAAAGCUCCAGCGCCGGCACCAGCAAGGAAGGUGUGGGCCACAAGCACAAUUCGAACGCACUCACUCAGAAGCAAUUUGAGCACAUGGUAAGUCAUUCGGGUUGAUGGAGGCCGCCUUGAGUACUUGCGCUGACCAGCAUGGGCUGCCGUUCGAUGCUGCAGUACGAAAUGCUACCUCCUGCCAAUCAAGAUGCGCACCCCGCCAUCGACGUUCCGAGCGCCAUGCUGCCCGGCGGGAUGGAAGAGCAUCUUUCAGACCGCUUCGGAGUCAAAGUCCAGGUCUUGACUGCUCGACCUAUCCCAAAGCGCAAGACAGCCUCUGCGACAGCGCCAUCAGGGCCCGAAGAUGUGACCGAGGUCGGCGAUAGCAAAAUACCUCAAGGAAGUCCGAAAGUCAAAAAGAUGCCUCGGCUUAGCGGAGAUACCAAUGAUGUCACCUUUGAGGCGGUCGACGUAUCAUUGGACGCAAGUCUAGAUCCCACUGUUGCGAGCCCACAGUCCCAAGUCGCUGGCCCGAAGCGAAAGAGGCACGUCGCUACGCAUAAUCCCGAUGGUAGCAGAAAAUCGUGCGGUGCGUGUGGCACUCUCGUCACCCCUAUGUGGAGAAGAGGUCCAUCGGGUCCUUCCCAGCUUUGCAAUGCCUGCGGAGCUCGCUGGAAAGCCGGAAGGCUGGUGGUACCCGACGUGCCGCCCGAGCCUCGAGAGCCUGAUCCCGAUUCUAGCCGGCAAACGAAGAGGGAGGGCAAGCGCGCCAAGUCGAGUGCGCCCGCAAGCGACCCCGUCAGACAUGAAGGAAAGACAGAGGCUAUGCAGAUUGAUCGCGACGAGGCUCGUGUUCAGACAAUUCCGAACACCGCUCCCAGUGGCGAAGCGAAGGCAGGCGCGCUACAAGCUGCCACAGAUCAAACGUCGAAUGGCGCAUCCAAUGACACCAACCACGCUCACCCUCAAGUGGCGGUACAAGCCAAUGUCCCGGAACCUUGA